CAUUCCAACAUCGACUCGACUCCUGUACACGUAUAGAAAAAAGUAAGAAAAUUAUACGUAGAAAUCAUUUUAAAAGCGGCGGGUCAGGUUUUCAACGAAAAAAAGCAAAUCCUCGUAUACUCUCGUAUCUAGUAACUAUGCGUGAAAUUGUGCAUAUUCAGGCUGGCCAGUGUGGCAAUCAGAUAGGAGGCAAGUUCUGGGAGGUCAUCUCAGAUGAACAUUGCAUCGAUGCGACGGGGACGUAUUAUGGCGAUAGUGAUCUGCAAUUGGAGCGUAUCAAUGUGUACUACAAUGAGGCCACUGGUGCCAAAUAUGUACCACGGGCCAUUCUUGUCGAUCUGGAGCCCGGCACCAUGGACUCUGUGCGCUCGGGUGCUUUCGGCCAGAUCUUCCGACCCGAUAACUUUGUUUUCGGUCAAUCAGGUGCGGGCAACAACUGGGCGAAAGGACACUACACUGAAGGAGCCGAACUGGUUGACUCUGUGCUCGACGUGGUCCGUAAGGAAUCCGAAGGAUGCGACUGUCUCCAGGGUUUCCAACUGACUCAUUCGCUGGGGGGUGGCACCGGAUCGGGCAUGGGGACUUUGCUCAUCUCGAAGAUUCGCGAGGAGUACCCGGAUCGCAUCAUGAACACCUUCUCGGUAGUGCCUUCGCCCAAGGUAUCUGACACUGUAGUCGAGCCCUACAAUGCCACCCUAAGUGUGCAUCAGUUGGUUGAAAAUACUGAUGAGACUUAUUGCAUUGACAACGAAGCACUGUAUGACAUCUGCUUCCGCACUUUGAAGCUGACGACGCCCACUUAUGGUGAUCUUAAUCACUUGGUGUCGGCCACAAUGUCGGGAGUGACAACCUGCUUGCGCUUCCCAGGUCAAUUAAAUGCCGACUUGCGAAAAUUGGCCGUAAACAUGGUACCCUUCCCUCGUCUGCACUUCUUCAUGCCUGGAUUUGCACCGCUAACGUCUCGUGGAUCGCAGCAGUAUCGCGCUCUAACCGUUCCAGAGUUGACCCAACAAAUGUUCGAUGCCAAGAAUAUGAUGGCGGCAUGUGAUCCGCGUCAUGGUCGCUAUUUAACAGUUGCAGCCAUCUUCAGAGGCCGCAUGUCCAUGAAGGAAGUGGACGAACAGAUGCUCAAUAUACAGAAUAAGAACAGCAGCUUCUUUGUGGAAUGGAUUCCAAACAAUUGCAAAACUGCAGUGUGCGAUAUUCCACCGAGAGGUUUAAAGAUGUCUGCCACAUUCAUUGGUAAUUCUACGGCCAUUCAGGAGCUUUUUAAGCGUGUCUCGGAACAGUUCACUGCCAUGUUCCGACGUAAGGCCUUCUUGCAUUGGUACACUGGAGAGGGUAUGGAUGAGAUGGAGUUCACCGAAGCGGAGAGCAACAUGAAUGAUUUGGUAUCCGAGUACCAGCAGUAUCAAGAGGCCACUGCCGACGAAGAAGGAGAAUUCGAUGAAGACGAAGAAGGAGGCGGCGAUGAGUAAAGUUUUCGUUUCACAUACAAUCGCAUAUUAAGACUGAAAACGCGCAAUCCUGAUAAAAUAGAUGAAGAUGCCAACUACCGAUACGACUGGUUACAAUCAACGUUAUUGCUAUUGUGUUCCAUAUACAUAAGUAUUAUUAAUCUCCCUGUUUGGUGGUGCGACACAACUGCAUCCAUACUCAUAAAUACAGAUUCAUGCAAGUCAUUUAACUAAA